UCACACUUGAAGAAGUAUGGAUGAGGUGUUCUUCCAGUUUUCUUCCAAUUCCGACCCUCAAAACACGAUCCCACAGGAUGAGAUUUUGGAUUUUGUUCCCAUGGGUGGCAGCAGCAGAGGCCGGCAACGAAGAAUAUUGUCGAGUGAGAAGAGAGAAAACAAUCAUAAUGAUGAUAAGAAGAAGUCGAUGCAUAGGGAUAUUGAGAGGCAAAGAAGGCAAGAAAUGUCCACCCUUUGUGCUACUCUCCGAACCCUUCUCCCCCUUAAGUACAUCAAGGGAAAGCGUGCGAUAUCGGAUCAUAUGAACGGAACAGUGAGCUAUAUAAAGGAACUACAGAAGAGGAUCGAAGAACUGAGUUCGAAAAGAGACGAGUUAAAGAAAUUAUCUUUCGAUUUGACUUCAAGUGGUUUUCACCGACGGACAAGCUCCAACGAAUACUCUCUCCGGAGCAGUGCCGUUGUUCGACAGUCGUUGGACGGCGUUGAGGCUGUGGUCAGAAGCCGUCAUGAUGCUCAAGCUUCGACUCUCUCGAGGGUGCUCCAGCUGCUGCUCGAGGAAGGACUUGAUGUUAUAAAUUGUAUCUCCACACGGAUUGAUGGAGGACUGAUUCAUAUCAUAAAACUUGAGGUUAUUGGUGUGAGAGGCGUUGAUUUACCUUAUCUGCAGCAGAAAGUAAAUGAAGAAAUUUCAUCCUUGAAUCGAACUUAAACCAUGCUUCUUUAAUGGAGAUUUCCCCCUCGAAGCUCCUACGUUUUUCAUUAGGAUUUGAGUAAGAUUGAUCUUUU